AUGGCCGCUGUCUCCAAGACUCUCCGACCUCCGAACCACGAGCCACAGUCUAGCGAGGCCAACUCUGAACCUCGCACAUACAAUAGCACCAAUUCCAACCCUACCACCACCACAAGCAGUACCAUUCCACGGUCCACCGCUACCACCACUCUUCCUGCUGCUACUGCCACCAACACCACCACAACCUCCACUACAUCAUCAUCGACCGAUCCCUACCACGCUGCUCCCGCCCCUUCGGUGAAUCGCCCACAUUACCGUUCCCACCAACACUCGCCCUCGACGAGUUCGCUGCAAAAAUUUCAACGUUCUGGUGGUCUCUUUGGCUUCGCCGCUGCUGCCUUUGACAAGACGCAUUCCGCUCUCGCGACCUUCUCCUCAGACCAGUCCAUCCGCCAGCGCGCCUCCAGUUCCGCAUUAGGCAGGGCUUCUUUCAUUCCCGACUCGGCUUCCGACCUUGGCUCAACAGACAAAUACCCACGAUACAGGAGCCCCUCCAAUUACUCGUCGUCGUCAAGUAGCACUCUCAACCAGCUAGAGGGCAAGUAUCCAAGCCAGGUAUCGCUGGUACAGGAUCUACCCUCUCAACCCUACACCGAGACCGAUCCAAAUAGGCCUCUCCCCUACCGCCUGCCAAGCAUAGAGAGCAAGAUGCAUCAAACAUCUUCGCGGCUCCUCCGCAUGACGGAUGAUGACCGCCCGUUCACAAAGGACUUUAAGGAUCUCUUCUCAACGCUGAUCGUCAGUCUGCUGCCCUUGUCCGCACACCGAGUACGAUUAACACGAGUCGAAAACACCUUUUUGUCCGAGGAUGCAAUUAACAACCUGGGCUCCCUGAAGUUCUCUCAAUCCAACCGCAUGCCAGACCCCAAGGACCCCUCCAGGAUAGUGACAACCACAACCACGACAACUUUCUCCAUGGCUAAGGACAUGGCUCGUUCCAUCUGCCAAAAGUUCCUCGAGGCAAGAUUCAUUGAGUCGGCCGAUGGAAAGUAUCAACAGGUCUAUAACAUGAAGGGCUCCGUAUGGCAAUUGACUCCCAAGGGCGUUACCGUGCUGGACCGCUUCUGCUCCCGCAACGGUAUCCAGCAAAAGUCCAUAUCCGACUUGGUCGGUGCUACCCUGUCGCAGUUGGUCAUCCUCGAGAGGGACGGACAAACCGACAAGCUCAUCACGGACCGAGGCACCAUUGAGGUUAUCUUCAGGAGAUUUAUUGGCACACACGGCCCCAAUGUCAAGUCUAGCGUCAGCUCAGCUGAUUCCGACUCCUUGAGCGAUUACAAGGACGGCCUCACCGGUGUCAAGAUGGCCAGCGAGCGCAAGGUCAACGGCAAGACAUACAAGGAUUCUUUUACCGGCAAAGCUGCCACCGAUUGGCUGAUGGACUGCUGCACGACUGUGGAUCGCCGGGAGACUUACGACAUUGCGUCCCUAUUUGUUGAAUACGACCUGAUGGAGCCUAUUGUACAAGACCGCGCCCACAUGGCACAGUUCCCUAGCAACAACUUGUUCCAGCCCACCAAGCAUGCCAUUUACCAAAUGACAGCUAAGGGCAAGGAUUUACUUAAUGGAUUGUCCGCAAGAGGAAGGACGUCAGAGAGCGAAGCUGUUGUGCCUUCUCGCAAUGCUAUUGCGCGUGACUCCAACACUCAACGGCUGGACAAGAUUCUCAAUGAUGCUGCCCUGCGGUUGCUCUUCAGGGAGAACCUUAGGGAGACACAUUGCGAAGAGAACCUGUCCUUCUACCUGGACGUCGACGAUUUUGUUCGGAGCUGCCGACAAGCCAUCCGGGUUGCCCAGAAGAACCCCAACGCUAACUCGAUGGAUGGCAUCAAGGAGAUUAUGGCACAGGCCUACGGGAUUUAUAACGCAUUCCUUGCCCCUGGAUCUCCUUGCGAAUUGAACAUUGACCAUCAACUCCGUAAUAAUCUCGCCACCCGGAUGACCAAGGCAGUCGGCCAGGAUGUCGCCAUGAUUGACACCUUGCAAGAGGUCAUGUCCUUAUUUGAGGAUGCACAAAACGCUGUUUUCAAGUUGAUGGCAAGCGACUCGGUGCCCAAAUUCCUGAGAAGCCCCAAAUACGAACACACUCUAAAGAACUACGACUUUGAUUCGGUUACAGGCGGCCGUGUCGAGCGCAGCACAAGCCGAUCGAACCGCAAAUGA